AUGAUGGUCUCCACGGCAAGGGCAAUGGUCUGCCUGUCCCUGUGUCUUUGUGUGUGUCAGGUCAGCGGAUCACACAUCCCUGCAAGGAUGAACAAAACCAUCCAGGACCUCCUGGAGCGCUAUAAGAUUCCAAACAAAGAGAGAUUCAACGGGACGCCUGUGUUCCCCAUGGAUCCACUGAACGGCACAACGGAGCAGACAAAGAGGACGUUCAUGGGCGGCGUUUUGGAGACGUAUGAAAAGCUGCUCGGCCAAAUGCUGGAGGCCUGUGAUGACGCUGCCAGGGCGGACCUGAGUUACAUCCUGAAGAAGAUCCAGAUGCUGAAGAGGAGUAGCUACCAGGAGCAGAGCAAACUGCUGCAGGGGCUGCACGACCUCGGGAACGUCCAGAUGGACGACCGCAUCAUCCAGAGCAAAGCCCUUGGCGAGCUGCCGUGGCUGUACGAGGAGGCAAGCUCACUGAUGCAGAGGAGGCGGCGGCGGAGACAAGCGAGGAAACUCAGAACUCGUCCGUCAGCCUGA